AUGCAUUCUAUCGCCUCGGGCGUUGCUUACGCCCUCAGCCUCACAUCUGCCGUUACUGCAGUCAAGUUCGGUGACUCGGUUGGCAAAUCCGCCUACGAAAAACAGUUCUCGCAAGAGUUCCCGGAAAAUUACAACAUUUUGAAGUUCCACGGUGGCAAUGGCCCCUACUCAGAGAGACGGUCGUACGGCAUCUCCCGUGAUCCGCCAGACAGCUGUGCAGUCGACCAAGUGAUUAUGAUCAAGCGCCAUGGCGAGCGUUAUCCCUCCCCGUCAAUGGGCACCGAUAUUGAAGCUUCUCUCGCCAAAGUUUAUGGCGCUGGUGUCACUGAGUGGAAGGACGAUCUAGCCUUCCUGGAUGAUUGGGAGUACUUUGUUCCCAAUAAGUGCUGGUACAAUGCUGAGACCUACAGCGGUCCCUAUGCGGGAUUGUCGGACGCGUACCAGCAUGGUACGGAGUAUCGGGAUCGUUAUGGUGAUCUUUGGGAUGGCGAGUCGGUCGUUCCGAUGUUCAGUAGUGGCUACAGUCGGGUGAUCAACACCGCUCGCAAAUUCGGCGAGGGCUUCUUCGGAUAUAACUACACGACCAGUGCUGCUCUCAACAUCAUUUCUGAGUCUGCUUCUAUGGGUGCAAACAGCCUGACGCCAACUUGUGAUACCGAUAAUGAUACCACGACCUGUGAUCAGACGCCGACUACCAUGCCCCAGUUUAAGGUCGCUGCGGCUCGUCUGAACUCUCAGAACUCUGGUCUUAAUCUCACUGAGACGGAUAUUUACAACUUGAUGUCUAUGGCAUCCUUUGAAUUAAACGCUCGUGCGUUCUCACAAUGGGUCAACGUUUUUACUCAAGACGAAUGGGUAACCUUUGGCUACUUGAACGAUUUAUACUACUACUAUUGUGCCGGACCCGGUGACAAGAACAUGGCUGCUGUUGGAGCCGUCUAUGCUAACGCUACACUGAGUCUUCUCAACGAAGGCCCCGAAAAAGCCGGACCGAUAUUCUUCAACUUUGCCCACGACACUGAUAUCACCCCAAUUGUCACCGCCUUGGGAAUUCUCACUCCUGAGGAAGACCUACCUUUGGAUCGUAUUCCGUUUGGAAGCCCCUGGGUAGCCACUGACAUCGUUCCUAUGGGUGGCCACCUCACUAUUGAGCGUCUCAGCUGUAACGCCACCGCCAUGUCAAGCAAGGGGACCUACGUGCGUCUCGUGCUUAACGAGGCUGUCGUGCCAUUCAAGAAGUGCCAGUCUGGUCCCGGAUACUCAUGUCCCUUGGCCAGCUAUACCUCUAGCUUAAAGGACAGUCUGCCUAACUAUCUGACAUCCUGCAAGGUGCCCAAGUCUUACCCGCAGUCUCUUGACUUCUGGUGGAACUACAAUACUACCACCCGUCUAAACUAUCAACGUGGGCCGAUCGGAUGUCAGGAGGGUGAGACCUUGCACUAG